AUGUCGGAUCCCGCGUCGUCUACAACGGCCCCAAAAGGGGCAGAUGUCGAGGUUGAGACGUCGCCCGAGUUUCUCCUGGGCUACCCACAGCGGGUCGUCCUUGGCGUCGUCCAGGACGAUGACUAUCCUCCUAGCCUGGACAAACUCGUCGAGAUUGCCCAGAUGACCCUUCGCACCGCACAGCGACAUGUCAUCUACCAGAUUCUGAAACGCUGUCUGUCCAGCACCGACGGCAAGUGGCGGCAGAUUUUCAAGGCGCUGCAAGUCGUCGACUACUGUCUGCAUGUCGGCUGUGACGAGUUCCUGCCAUGGGCCAGUUUCAACAAGUCGCUGUUCUCGGAUCUUCAAACAGACGAGAGGCAGCAGUACCAUGACACGCUGCACGGCAUCAGGCUCAUUGAGAAGGAGUCGAAUCACAUCCUCGACAUCCUGAGUCGCCAAGAUGAGCUGCUCCCGUUUGAGAAGCGGAACCCCAGCUCCUGGAUGUUUCGCGUUACGCUGUCGCCCAACCCAUUUCUGGAGACCACGCCCUUGACGACUGAGUCGUUCGCCAAGUACUCAUCGUUGGAGAAUGCCCCGAGCCUCACCAUGCCCAAGGAUCUGAAGGAGCUCAACACCAACCACUCAGCUCCGACUACGGAAUUUGAGAUCAAUCCAACCCCAAUAGAGCCCAUUAAUCACUCUCGGGAUCUUUCUGAAAUGUUGAGAAGCCGCCAUGUAAGGAACGGGUCCUCCAUUGCAGAAUCAAUUCGCCCCAGCACCUCAGCGGAUGACCGCAACGGAUUCCAGUCCAAAAUUCUGCGUCGUCCCACAUCAAAGGUGGACAGUAUCUCAUCCGUGAGCGACAGGAGUGAAUCUGUAACCACCUCGAGAGAGUACAAAUACUCCAGCCCGGCUCGCUACAUGCCCACUCGACGGAUAGUGUCAGAUCUUGUGAGCGACUCCAAGUUAGAGACGGUGUUCGCAGACGACGGAACGGUAUCCCAUACAUCCUACGAGUCCAGUAUCGCUACUCGCCAACGCCGAGUGAAACGGGAACACAGAUGGAAACGGUGCUGGGAGUUGAGCACCGGCACGUACGGGCGUGUGUGGCUCGAAGAAUCCAUCAACGAAGAGGAGCGGGGGAAUCUUCGUGCCGUGAGGGAGAUUUCAAAAACCAACAGGGGUCAGCAGCUAAACUACGAUCGAGAACUAGAGGCAAUGGCCAAGUUCUCUCAUUCAAAAUAUGUGCAUUGCUUUGUUCAGUCAUUGGAGACAGAGGUCAAGCUUAUUACGACUCAACUGCUGGAGGGCUUAUCAUAUAUGCAUGAAAACGGGUUUAUCCAUGGAGAUCUCAAGCCUGGUAAUAUCUUAGUAUCAGAACAAGGACCAUGCUGGUGGGUCAAAUUAAGCGAUUUUGGAAUAUCGCGGAAGGCCGAGGAGAUCUCAACCAACUUCCGCACCAUCGUCGGAACCAGGAGUUACCUGGCUCCAGAAAUACUUGGCAUAUUCAGCCCUGAUGAUAACGAUUCAGACGGCAAAGACGACGAAGAUGACGACCGAAGCGAAAAGGAGGAGACCUACACCGCCGCCGUCGACCUGUGGGCGCUGGGUGCCAUCAUCUACCAGCUGCUCACCAACCAGGGAGCUUUCAGCAAGCCGCGGAGGCUGUGGAACUAUGUGCUCCGGAAAGCGCCGUUCCCAAGUCGACUAUUGAGCGAGGCUGGGAUAAGCAAGGAAUGCUCGAAUUUCUUGGAACAAUUAAUGGCCCCUGCUCCGGGGAAUCGGCCAUCUGCGAGCCAGGCUACACUACACGCCUGGUUAUUGAAGGUGGAUGAGUAA